AUGAAUGUCUUUGAUCGAGUUUCCCUGGAUCAGCGCUUUGCCUUAUCCAGUCUUAUUUUAUUGUAUUCACAGUUAGUCAGUCUGUUGUUAGCUCUCAUACUAUAUACAUCAAUAGAAUUGUAUUUUGAUAAUCGAAAAUAA